UCUUUCUGUAUCACCUGUGAUGCAGUUUUGGAGGGAACAAGAGAGGUUACACCUACUGUCCUCAAGUCUGCAACUGGCUUGGAAGUGACUAAACUUUCACCAAAAAAGUGGGGACUUUCUGGUGCUUCUAGCAUUGCUCUGGCUGCUUUUCUGGGUGGAGUCUCCUAUCUCCUUUCUCAGGAGAUUGAUGUGCGGCCAAACCUUGCUGUCAUCUUGGGUCUAGCUUAUAUGGAUUCCGUUUUUCUUGGUGGUACUUGUUUAGCCCAAAUAUCAUGCUACUGGCCGCCACAUAAGCGUAGAAUCAUUGUUCACGAAGCGGGUCAUCUUCUUGUUGCAUAUCUCAUGGGCUGUCCAAUCCGUGGUGUGAUAUUGGAUCCGAUUGUUGCAAUGCGUAUGGGGGUU